AUUUUCUGUAACGAUCGGUUUCUUGGAUUUGCUAUUGGUAAAUAAAUACAUAAUGUUUUAAAUAUUUACAUCUAGAGAGGCCCAUUAUCUUUACAGAUAUCUGAACUACUGCUGGCCACUUCAAUCUGAAUCAUGGCAGAAUCUGAAUGGAGGUUGGUGCAAGCUUACAAUGACUUGAUGGCAAAAGCAGAUCCAAGGACGGCAGACUGGCCAAUGAUGUCAAGUCCAUUUCCAAGUUUAUUUAUUUGUCUCUUAUACUUCUACCUGGUUACAAAAACUGGACCGAAGUUUAUGGAGAACAGAGAACCCUACCAGUUCCGCAAAAUUCUGGUUGUGUUCAACAUAGGCAUGGUGGGGUUGUCUGCAUAUAAUCUUUAUGAGUUUUUGAUGUCUGGUUGGUUGGCUGGCUACAGUUUAGGCUGUCAACCUGUUGACUACUCGAACUCUCCACAGGCCUUGAGGAUGGCCAGUGCAUGCUGGUGGUUUUACAUCUCAAAAUUUAUAGAGCUUUUUGACACAUUAUUUUUUGUCUUGCGUAAAAAGUCUAACCUGCUCACAUUUCUACAUGUCUUCCAUCACGGCAUCAUGCCCUUCUCAUGGUGGUUCGCAGUCAAGUUUGCUCCCGGUGGAUUUACUACAUUCCAUGCCACAUUCAAUGCCUUCAUCCACGUUAUGAUGUACACUUACUAUGGGCUUGCUGCUCUUGGACCUGCCUUCCAACGAUUCAUAUGGUGGAAAAAAUAUAUGACCAAAAUGCAAAUGACUCAGUUUGUCGCUGUUACAGUCCAUUCGUGUCAGCUGUUCUUCAUAGAUUGUAACUUCCCGAAACUCAUUGCUGUCUGGAUCCUUUCCUAUGCCGUCAUCUUCCUAUUCCUAUUCGCGAACUUCUAUGUCCAGGCGUACAGGAAAGCUCACAAAAGUAAACGAGAGGAUGCGUCCAUCGCUAAUGGUUUCACUAAUAAUAAUCAACCACAUCAAAAUGGAAUUAAGAAAGAUUAACAGGGUAUUGUGAAUGCCUUUAUUGUUGUAUGCAGUUGUUGCCAUUAUUUCAGGCCAGUGGCCUUUUCUCUUACCGGUAACUGCAAGAAUAAUUUAUGAAGACAUGAAGAAUCUUUAAUUUAAAUAGUAUACAUGUAGGAUUAUAUAAUAAUAGUAGUAUGGUAUAAAAGGUAUAAAUAUAUUUGAAGUAAGGAGGACCAGUUUGUGCUGCCAUCUGAAUCCAGGCAGCACAACAAAUAAUCCUAAAGGAUAUUAACCCAUUCUCCAACACAGUGAUAAAAUUCUAUAGAAAGACUCAGUUCUAACGCAGCCAAAUGAUUUUAUCAUUUUAAAUUCAAUUAUGAAAAAAGUCAAACUAUGCUUUCUCUAAUCAUUUAAAGAACCACCUUAAAAGGUACACGAGCUACUGCGGGACCUAGCAGAUUCAAUUAGUAUCAUCAUCGGCCAGUAUUUGCAUCAAAAUGAGAGUGAUGUUUCAAACCUGAGGAGAACAACGCUUUGGGCUGGGCAACCUGGAAAGGCGCUAUACAAAUAUAUUAUUGUAUUGUAUUGUAUUGUAGUGAUUAUGUGUCCAUUUAUUGAUCAAACUCAAUUACAUUUUUGGCAUUUUCUUCUUAUUUCUGUGGCUUUUUCAUGCAUAUUCAGUUGAUUUUCUCACUUUAGUGUGUAGCAUCAUUUUACUGAAUCCCAGUUUGAAUGCAUUUCACUUCUUGAUCUGUACUCCAGCAGAUAUAAAGCUAAAGUGAUCACGGAUUGGUUCCUGAUGUAAUACUCGGGGAAUUAGCAUUUCCAAUUUUUGGAGGAUUUAAUUUUUUCUCCUGAAACCAAUUUUAUUUCACAGCAGAAGAAUCUUUGCCUCAUUUCUCUUCACAAGUUUGAGUUUUUAAACCCGGUCCUAAAAUUAGCAUUUAGAGGCAUAUUUUUACAAAUUCAAUCAGUUUUUAGGACAACAUAUUCACAUGGAAAAUGUUUCAUUUUUAGCUCACCUCUUAGCAGAGGUGAGCUUAUCCCACACCGUGGCGACCGUCGUCCGUCGUCGUCGUCGUCGUCGUCGUCGUCGUCGUCGUCAUCGUCGUCCGUCGUCGUCCGUCGUCCGUUAGCAGGGCACGUUUCGUAACUGUUAGAGCUAUUGAGUUGAAACUUGGUACACAUGUACCCUUAUGUAAUGACACCUGGGAGACCAAGUUUCGGUCCGAUUCGUUUCAUGGUUUGGCCACCAGGGGGCCAAACGUUAAAAGUGAAAAUAUGCAAUAUCUCCCUUAAUAGUAGUCGGGAAAUUUUGAAAAAAAUAUGGUAGGUUCUUCUAGCAAAGGUGCAUCAAAUAUCCUCCGGGUUUUUGAUUUGACCUCCUUUUCAAGGUCACAGAGGUCAAAUGGUGUAAAUUGGCCGUUAGGAUGUAACGAUGGCACGUUUCUAAACUGCAAUGACUAUUGAUACCAAAUUUGGUACACAUUUACCCCUUAGUCAGGUGAUCUCAGGGACCGAAGUUUGGUCCAAUAUGAUUCACCACUUGACCACCAGGGGGCAAAAUCCAAAAACCUUAAAAAUGUGAUUAUUCCUUAACUUCUUGCCCGAUUGCCACCAAUUUGAUAUCAUGGGUACAUCUAACCACCAUACAGUAUAUGUCACACAGGUUUUUAAUUUGACCUUCUUGUCAAGGUCACAGAGGUCAAAUGGCGUAAAUUCGCCGUCAGGCCGUAACUAUGGCACGUUUCUUAACUGCAAUGACUAUUGAUCACAAAUUAAGUACACAUGUACCCCUUGGUCAGGUGAUCUCAGGUACCGAAGUUUGGUGCGAUCUGAUUUGCCGUUUGGCCUCCAGGGAGGGGGCCAAAUCCUAAAUUCUUCAAAAUGCCAUUAUUCCUAGUAAUGACUUGCCCGAUUGGCACCAAUUUUAUAUCAUAGGUACAUCUAAUUCUAACAACCAUUCAAUGUGUCACCCGGGUUUUCUUUGAUUUGACCUACUUUUCAAGGUCACAGAGGUCGAAUGUACUGUAAAUUGGCCAUUUUGGGGAAAUUGUAAUUGCUUGGACCUACAUCAAACCUAACACUACAUGACACAAGACCAUGCUCUUUAUCCAUCUUUCCUCCACAUGAGGUGAGCACAAUGGCCCUGGCCAUUUCAUUUUGCUCUGAGCACAAUCACAUUCCUGAAUAUCAUGGGAUCUCAAUAAAUAAUGCUAUUUUCUUUGCUUUGCAGCUUUGAAUAUAUAUGAUGGCAUAUUUCAAAUAUAACACAGUACCAUUUAACCAAAUAAUGUCACAAUUUCGGUUCACAGGGGCAUUUUAGGUUUUGAUGUUUAAUUUUUUUGUUAUAUUUGGAAGCUCCUUGGUGUACGGAUUUCAUAAUUCUAUGCUGAUGGUAUCAUAUUUUGCUUAACUCUUCAGAAUUAUCAGCUAGAACUAUUGACUGAAAAUAUAAGGAGGGUCAUACAUGUACAUAGACUACAUUGGUUUUAGUUAUAUUUAUGCACGUAAAAUGUAUCAUCAAUUUUUCUAGAAAUAUUUCAAAUCUGCAUGAUAAUAUUGUAAUAUUGUAAUAAGUAUUGUUAGAAUAAUACACGAAUUCUUGAUGAUAGUAGUGCUAAAGAUGUUUGUUAUGGUAGUAAAAUAUGGUAUUUUUUAACGUUUAUGCUAAAGACACACUUUAUUAGUGAUAAAAGUUAUGAUAUUUUUUAUACUAAAUGAUAGCCACACCCUAUAACACUUUCUUAAGUUGUCAGGUCUUCCUCUAAUACAAAGUAAAUGUGAUAGCGCAAUCUCCCCGCCGGUCUUUUUACAUAUUGAUACAUUGUAAUCUUACCUGUUGUAUGAUAAAAAUAAUUAGAAAUUGUAUAUGAGUAUGACUUUCGUAAGAACGUCUACUAAAAAUUAGGAAAACCUCGUAAUUAUGGAGCCAGAUCGCAUUUGAAAUGCUUCCAAUCAAGUAUACAUGCAGAUGAAUCUAUGCGUGUUGUUUUUCCUAUCCAUGUUUGUUGCAGCUGUUGGAGUUAUUAAAAAGUCUACUCAAAGUUUUUUCAAAUAUCUAGUGGAGCAGAAGUCAAUGGAUCUGUCUCAAGACCACUUUUAAAGUAGUUGUCUGCUCCAUUAGGACUUUUGAGUUAAUCGUAACUUCUCAAAUGUUUACUUCUACCGUAAACCGUGUUAUAGGUGCAGUGAAAUAUACAUCUAGUUUUGUCUUGUGCUCAUAAACAGGACAGUAGUAUCAGGACUAUUUAGUCUUUUGUUGAUAUAAGGCAUUGUGGAUUGUUUUUUAUUUUGUAUUGAUAAUUUCUGUUUGUGAGUGAUAUGUUAUACUUGCACAGUAUUUAAACUUUGUAAUAAUAUCAAAAAUGUAUUUUGGUAUAUGUAUUAACAAUAACAAAGAGGUUAAGAUGUGAUUUUACCCAGCCUAUUUUUCCCUCCGGCAAAUUUUGCAUGUACAACCUUAAUUUGGGGAAAAUAUGACUGGAGUUUGGUAUCUGAGUAACAGAGAGUGGACAUUAAGGGGCAUACAUGUAUAGCAGGUGGCAUGUAUCUUUUGAAGUAUUCCCGGGCCCACAUGUAUUGCAGGGCUUGACUGAAAGAUGGUGCAGGGCUUGACUAAAAGAUGGUGGCCUAUUUGCCUUGCGUGGGUCAUGCUUUGCCAACCAAGGAUGCUCUACACAUGUCAUCGGGAGUGACUCCCUCCCCUGGAUCUUGACAUGCAUAAGCUCCUCGUGUUGCCUAUCUGUGUGUAGGGAAUGGGGAAUGGUGGCCUUGCUAGGGUAUUAAGAUGUCUUGGUGCGCUCUGCGCUGAAUCAAUGCACUGACAUGGUCACGUAUUAGACUCUGUUUUGCUAAAUAUGCUGUUUGUCCUUCAAAUUGUUCAUCAAAUUUCAUUCCCAUAUGGCUUAUAAAGAUUCUCAUGGGUUUUACAUGUAUAAUGAAGAGAGUUACCUUUGUUAUAAUUUGCUAUAUUUUAUCCCACCAAUUAUGUUUCACAUCAUAGUAUCACUUUAACUAUAAAUUGCGACUUCUUUUCCCUAUCAGUCCGUGGUUCUCCCCCGAGUUCUCCCCAACUCGAACAAGGGCCCUUUUGGGGAAACAACCAAUAUCAACAGUGAGGUAAUAAUUUCUGUUCUAAAACACCUUGAACUAUUAAUUUUUGGCAUGUAAUGUCAAUAAACCUAGCUUUCCUUUUUAAGUAAACAGAAACCAGGAUCAUUACACCUGGAAAGUAAUCGUCUCUGGAAAGCAUGUCUUCGAAGUAUUUCCCAUUGUCCUUGCCACCUUUUUGCACAGUAUUGGUCACAUUGAGUGUUUUUUGCAAAUCGCUUCAUGUAUAUCACAGAUCCCUAAUAAAUGACAUAGA